AUGGUUGGUUUCUCCUUCAAUCGACGGAAGGGGGCCCUGCUGGCCGGCACGCAGUGCGACUACCCGCGCGGCUGCAAGGAGUACCUGCGCAACUGCCUGGCGCGCCUUCCCGCCAUCCUGGACCAGCGCGAGAUGCAGAGCAUCCCCACCGACGCCGUGGAGCUCGACGCCACCUGCCUCGGCUUUGACACGGGCAUGGGCUGUGUAGACAACUUCACCGCCAACUGCCUGGGCAAGGAACGCGAGAAGCAGAAGUGGGUGGAGAACACGGUGGCUGGCGCCAGGGCCACCUUCAACAUCCUCUGCGGCAGCAAGGAGGUCCGGGAGCAGUACCUGAAGCACGCGCGCUGCUUCCGGGCCAUGUCCGUGACGGACGGAUGGAACAACUGUGCCAGCAGAUUCAUCGGCCUCGUCAGGGAGGAGAUGGCCAGGCCGGGCAUCGGCAGGCACGAGGAGCGCAUCAUGGAGCUGUGCUGCGCCAAGCACGGCUUCCUGCGCUGCGUGUUCGGCUCCGCCAAGCACAAGUGCGGCUCCAACAGCGCCACGUUCCUGCGGAAGGUCGCCGAGACGCUGUCGUCGGUGCGCGUGGAGGCCGCCGUGUGCCGCUACGUCAACCACACCGCCUGCUCCGAUAUUGCAAUUUGUUUUUCUUUAAAUUUGUCAUGCAUUGUGGCUAAGUAA